AUGCCUGCUGUUACUACCACGGAAACACCACUCAGCCCUCCCAGCCCGAGUCGUCCAAGGGCCCCUAUCGUGGAGGGCCCCAGACUAAAGAAGCCUACACGCCCUUCUCAGGAGCUUCCACUCAACCUGAUCGAUGAAGCGCGUCAAACAAAACGAGUUCCUUUUAACCCAACGGAGCAUCUUGCUUUUGAACCACCACAGCACAUCACUAUGAUGAAAGACAUCGGUCUUGAGGGCCAUGGGAUCUCUCCUAAUGCUGUGUCGGACCCUUUCCCCCUCUUCACAAAGGAAGCUAUGAUGCAGAUGAGAGCUGAGCUUUUUAGCGAAUGGUCACUCGAGAACUGCCGAUUUGGAUCGGACUUGACUCCUCAGUUGAUCCGUGGCCUGACACCUGACAACGCCCCGUUCUGCUUCUCCCUGUGGUGGUCACCAGAAGUCCUAAAGAUCGUUUCAGAUGUUGCGGGCAUCGAACUCGUUCCAUGUUAUGAUUACGAAGUUGCUAACGUGAAUAUCUCAGUAAAUGACCAGAAUGUGGCAACGGUUGGCUCAGGAGAUCAGACAGCUGCUGUUGCCUGGCACUACGAUAGUGUCCCUUUUGUUUGCGUGACAAUGGCUUCUGACUGCACGGGGAUGAUCGGUGGAGAGACUGCAAUCAAACUUCCUGACGGUGGGGUGAGGAAGGUUCGCGGUCCUAGUAUGGGCACCGCCGUGAUUAUGCAAGGACGUUAUCUUCAACACCAAGCUUUAAAAGCGUUUGGUGGCCGUGAACGCAUUGCAAUGGUCACUUCCUUCCGGCCGAAGAAUCCUGUUGUUCCUGACGAGACAACUCUCAACGGCGUCCGUGCCAUCAGCAACACGAGUGAGCUGUACACUCAGUACACCAACUAUCGUAUGGAAAUCGUCGAAGAGCGGUUCCGUAUGAAGAUCAAGGAGGAACGUGAUCGCAUCAAGGGGCGGCGGGCGUUUGAGCUUCCAGAGAUGAGGCGGUGGCUGGAGGAACAGCGGGACUUUAUUGACCAUACACUGGAACAGCUUAUUGAGGUUUAA